CGUGGUUCUUGUGAAAAAAACGGCAUGAAGAUGAAAAUACGGCAGAAAAAAUCCUGCUGGCAGCAGAUUUUAACUACACUAGGGACCGAUUCGAUUCCCGAGGAAGAAUGGGCCGCCAUUUACACUGGUUUUAUGGAGAGCUGGGACAACCCAUAUUAUAUCCAGAGCAGCACGGAUCCUAAUGACCCGAUAAGGCCGGAAUAUCUGGUCCGACCGAGAAGUGCUCUCGAGGAAACCGCUCCUACAUCUUCGGCCACAGAUACCAAGACAGAAGUGUUCCUGGAACCAACUAGUUCUCGCCCCGAAGCUCCCAAUCUCAACAAGCGACGCGGAACCAUAUCGCAUUCACUUCCUCGUAAUGCCCCCAGCUCUGCCAAGCGUCGCGAAACAAUAGCGCAUUCUGUUUCCGGUGCUCCUGCUAAGGAGGAAAGAUCUCCUUCCAGCUCCAAGCUGCUAAAUCCUCGUGAGUCUGAGUAUGCCAAAAUCUGGGCUCAGCCCAAAAAGAGCCGAGAAUCAACUACCAAAGCUAAUUCCAAGAAAAUACGAGAUGCAAGUCCCGUCAAGCGCAAUGAUACAUGUGUUUCGCCAGACUCUACUACAUCGAAGUCAAGCCACAAAAGCCAAGGAUCACGUGCUUUGAAAGCUAGUUCCAUCAAGCGUAGUGAGUCGUGCGCCUCAUCAGAUGAUCCUUUCUUGAGUUCCGUAAAGGAAAAUACUGCUAGCAUCAAUCCCAUCAAGAAGCGAGAAUCUUUUGGCUUCCCAGAAGCUGCUACUAGUACUUCCAGCUCAGUUCAGCGCCGAAAUUCAUGCGUUCCCAUUCAAGAUACCAAAGCUUCUGCGAUCAAGCGUCGAAAUACGUGUGUUCCCACAAAUGCAGCGCCAAAUACAGCACUCAAUCCGAUAAAGCGACGUGAUUCGGUCGCCAAUCCUAGCAAGAUCAAUAAGCAGCGCAAGAACUCCUCCUUGCCGGCUAAGACUUCUGAGGAAUCAAACGACGAAGGUGAUGACCAGCUGCCGCUUUCGCAAUGGUUGGCAAACAAGAAAAACAAAGAACAGAAGCCUGCACCCAUAGUGGUCUCUAUCAAAAAAGAACCGCCUGCUCAAGCUUGCAACGUUGCACCUCCGCCAGUAAAACGCAAAAGAGGUCGCCCCUCGCUUCUUGAGAAGGCUAUGCAGCAGGCCAGGCUGGAGGCGGAGCUCAGGGAGGCACAACAGCCUCCGGAGACAGCAUCCAAAUUGAAUUUGUUGAAAUUGGAGAAGCAUUCAGCAGAGCUGCCAACAGCAAAACCAAAAACGCAGAAGCCACUGCCGAAAGCUGCCCCCAAGCAACGCAAGGAGAUGCAACAGACGCCGAAAGCUCCACCGCCGAAAAAAUCAACCUCACAUCAAGUACCUAAAACUCCACAGACAGUGGUAAAGCCAUCGCAGCAAGGCGAGGUCACUCAGCAGCCACAGAACUUGUCGAAAUCCUCUCUAAAGAAGCCGCCAUCCAAGCCUCGACUUCAAGAGAACGCGACGAACUCGCCGCCCCACAAGAAGCGGACCAUAUCGAACAUAACCGCAAAAUCCCCAUUGAUGCCAGCCCACAUGCCGCCGACAGCGAUCAACUUAAAAUGUCCGUCGAAUCGAAGACCCAGCCACCUCUACGAACAUAACUACAAUAGGUCCUUGAACGACAAGAAGCACCAGAAACCUCCACCAGUGCCUGCGUCCAGCAAAGUUGACGAGGAUCCGCUGGCCAACGAACUGGACGACAUGCAUCUAGAUAGUUCUCUGGGCGGCGGUGAGGUCAUCGAAACUGGGAUCGAGCUAAUGAGCGACUCUGACCUGCUUGACACGCCGAUCGAGAUGCUCCGUGAGGUGGAGGAGAUCGACCGCUGUCUGGAGAACUUCAACAAUAAAACGCCCAGCGAAAUCGACAGUCAGCUGGCCCGCACCACAGAGUUCUUCGAGAAGCUGCCAAGUCUGUCGACGGGAGGAGAGGUGGGCAUCUACAUGGGAGAGAAGGAUGAAUUGGACUACGAGGAGGACGACGAUGAUGUGCUCUCGGUGGCGGCUUCCUGGGAUGGACUAGACGAUGAGAUUGCACUUGAGCCAAAACCAAACAUUGCUGUUCAGGAACCUAAACCCAUUUCGAAGCCCGCCGCCAAGGAAGCACCUAAGAAAAUUGACGCAGUAGAAACUCCCAAGGUGCAGGGCAUGAAUCCAUUUAGGAUUCCAAAGAUAAGUCCCGAAGAACUGAAGACUCAGCCAUCCGUAAUGCGUUUGCUGUACAAGCAGGAGGAGAUGGAGAAGAAAAAGAACCUGACGACCAAGCCUGCGCCAGUGGCGCAACUGGCGGAUCCUCCGCUAGCUGCAUCCGCUCGCCAGCAGCGCGAAGAGGCAACCGCCGCUCGACGGGUCAAGGAAACAUUGCCCGUCUUCGCUCCACCCUACCGUCUGCCGGCCGAACCGACAGUUCCGCUGGUAAACAGCCCAGUCUUCAUCCCCCAGUUGCCCGAUGAUCCGACACCGCCGACUCAGGGUACUUUGUCGAUCACAGAUAUCUUUGGCGUCAAGUGCAUGCAAUCUGUGGACAACAUGUGCCGCUCGUUCAACUGCGAUCACACGCUGUACAGUUUGGGCGAAGUCCAGAGGCGUCUGGUCAGAAUGGACGAGGAGACUUUGGUGAACACCUAUCGACAGAUGCUGCGCAGCUUUAACCUCUUCCAGACCUUUUCCGCCUCAUUUGUGGACGUCUAUGAACGUCGCCAAUUGUGGCAGCAUCUGCUAAAUAUGCUGGCCGACUGCCGCUUGUACAAAGCCAUCUCCGCACCCUUGCUCGACCUCGUCUUUGGGGCUCUCUAUAAAUGCGGGAUGCAGGAAGAGGCCGUCCGCUGCAUUAUGCAGCAUUUGUGGCUGCCAUGCAAAGCCAGUAAAUUUCGCGACAUGACCUUGACGGUGUUACGUAUUUUGUCCAGCGCCAACUGGGAGAAUUAUUUCGAGAAAUUGGAGGAGCUGAAGAAGAUUUAUGAUUUCGAUAUACCGAUUGAAAACUUGAUCACCAUACUCCAGUCUUCAGUCGACUGUCGCGGACCAAAAUUUCCAAAAGCCCUGGAUUUGAUAAAACUACAUCAUGAAACGUGUAGAAAGAACAAAACUAUUUUGUCGCUUCUGGAAAAAAGGAGUUUCAGCGCAAUGCAACACCCACCUGCGGCAAAUACCGGUCCUCCUCCACAUAUUGCAUCACAUGCUGCUGGUCAGCAGUGUCCGCCAUUUGGAAGGCAUCCUCCAGUCCCAGAUUUUAGUGUGCCGCCUCCACCAAUAACCGCUCACAACUUCAACGGAAACAAUGGUUUUCAAACCUCAAAUGACUAUUCGGGGCAUUUUAAUAAGCCCCACAAACAAAUUUAG